CGUUGUUUUGUAUGGCAUUUCGUUCAACGCUAUUGCGUGUCGCAUCGCAGCACUCAUACUUUGUCCACUUGAACCAGAAUCUACUCCUCCGAUAUUAUUAUCAUCACUCCAUCAUGAGCGCGUCAUCCAGUCGAGGCGCGUCAUCGUCGGCGGCAACCAGCGGUGCUUACAAUCCGAAUUUCGCGCGCGCACCCAAGCCUGAGCCGCCGCGCACCAACGCCCAGCUCGACAGGCACUAUGCUGAUAUUGGGCUGACGGAUGCUCCGCUGAUGGCGCGUCCAUUCAACCCGGUCGCCUUCCGUGCCUGGUUUGAGUACCACUCGGCGACUCGCAAGGACGCCCUGCGCGAUCUCCGCGUCUACGUGAUGCGUGAAACACUCCAAGCGUGCUCAACACAAGAAUACCGUCUUCCGAACGGCGACUUUGUUCAGUUGCCGGGUUUGGAUCUGAACACUGCGACUUCAAGUGAUGGCGCCGCGAGUACCUCGCCAGCUGUGGCGCACCCGCUUGCGGCGUUCAAGCCAACCUCUGUACCUGCGUCCAGAUCCACUCUGACGGCUGUGGAGCGAAUUCAGGCUCAAGCGCGCGCCACCGCGUACUUUGACAUCCGAACCUCGCAGGAGAUUGCCAACUUGCUGGCAACUGGGACGACAGACAUCCAGGAUGCUGCAUUGAAGGCGGCAUCCGAAGUUGAGGCUGUCGCCGUGGCUGCCAAUGCCUUGAACCUGGAUGCCGACGACGAGCCCGCGGACAGGUCCAAGCGCGGUGCUGUGCCGUACUUUGAGAAGAACAAUCGCUCGGCGCCCCGCGGCAUCUUCACUGUGGGCCGUCCUGCUGGCAAGUUUGAGAGGCCUGCCAAAUGCUUUGUCUACGGCGGCGACUGCCUCGAGCUCGGGCUGCAGCUGAAGAACGACCUCCACCUCAAUCCUGUUGUCUUGAACAUGGCAUCGCACAAGCGACCGGGAGGCGGCUACUCUACUGGUGCUGGUGCUCAGGAAGAAAAUCUCUUCCGCCGAACCAAUUACGUGCAAUCUCUUGGCAACAAUGAGUUUUACGACAGCGAGCGUGCGUGGCGCUUCCCGCUGCCCGAGUUUGCCGGAGUGUACAACCCUGAGGUAUUUGUGAUGCGUGGCACUGAGCAAGAGGGCUACCCAUUCUUGGCCGCGCCCCAGACCAUGGCUUUCAUUGGCGUCCCUGCGUACGCUCGCCCAGACCUUGUCAAUGCUCGUCCCAGCAAAAAGCAACUCAAGGCAGGCGCGGAAGCCCCUUCAACAUCCACCCCAGAGCCUCGGCUGACUGAAAAGUUUGCCGAAAAGACGCGCCAAAAGAUGCGAACCAUCCUCGCCGUCUCGUGCGCUGCUGGACACGACUCGGUCGUCCUGUCUGCGAUGGGAUGCGGUGCAUUUGGCAACCCGCCCAAUCACAUUGCGCGUCUCUUUGAAGAGGUGCUGAACGACCGUCGCUUUGAUUUCAUGCAUCGAUUCCGCGUCAUCUCGUUUGCCAUUUUUGACGACAAGAACUCGCGUCUGUCGCACAACCCUUGCGGCAAUGUGGUGCCCUUCGAGGAUGUAUUUGGGUCGCGCCUCGAUGCUGAAGGCGUUCGCGCACUCCGUGCAGAGCUGUGAUUCUACCUGAGAAUGCUAUUGAAGAAUGGCUUGACUGAAGGUACUAGUAUUGAACAAGGAACAAAUAAAAAAGGAGGGAAAUACAAAAAUACAAACACG